AUCUGAUCCGAUUGCCACCCCAAUCGGCCCAGCUCUGAGUCUCUCGAUCCCCCUUAACUAUGUAAUUUCAACCCCAAACCCUCUGAACCCUUCUAUCUUCUCUCUCCCUCUCGAUUAAUCUCCUGUCCCACCUCUUCCCCGCCCGAGCUUUCCUCCGAAGCCCACUGCGGUCUCUCUCAUCACCUUCGAAGAUAAGAAGCCAGCAGAAAAGCAAAGUGUCAUUAUAACGAGGCAAUGAUGCAUCUAAAAUCGAGUUUUUUGUGAAAUUUUGGAUUCAUCACAAUGUCAGGGCUGCUCAAUUCAGGCCUGAAUGGUUCAGCUUCAAAUCUCUCUGACUCCAUAGGCAGACCUUUUGCAACAUCUUUUUCUGCUCAAUCUGCAACAGUUCCUGGUUUUCAUCACUCUGGAUUGCACAACAUUCAUGGUAGCUUCAAUGUUCCAAACAUGCCUAGCUCAUUUGCAUCACGGAAUGCAGCAAUGAGUGGUAUACCGUCAAGUGGUGUUCAGCAACCUGGGGGAAGCAUUUCAAGUGGGCGAUUUGCAUCAAAUAAUAUUCCAGUUGCUAUGUCUCAGCUUUCACAUGGACAGUCAGGUGUCACCAAUAGAGGGGGCAUCAGUGUAGUGGGGAACCUUGCUUUUAGUAAUAGCACAAAUGGAGUUGGUGGUUUGGUACCUGGGAUAUCCUCUAACUUGGCUAGUGCUGGUAACCGUAAUUCUGUUCCUGGGAUUGGAGUUUCCCCAAUUCUGGGAAAUUUAGGUCCUCGAAUCACAGGCUCAGUUGGAAAUAUUGUUGGUGGAAGCAACACUGGAAGAAGCAUAGUCUCCGGUGGAUUAUCCGUUCCUGGUGUUGCAUCACGUAUGAAUUUAGCUGCUAAUACUGGAAAUGGAAGUCUAAAUGUCCAAGGUUCUAAUAGGUUGAUGAGUGGCAUUCUUCAACAAGCACCACAGAUGAUUGGUAUGCUUGGAAAUUCUUAUCCUACAUCUGGAGGACCGUUAUCUCAGAGCCAAAUGCAAACAGGAAAUGAUGCAUUAAGCUCUGUGGGGAUGUUACAUGAUGUAAACUCUAAUGAUAAUUCUCCUUUUGACAUAAAUGAUUUUCCUCAUUUGAUGGGCUGUCCUAGUUCUGCUGGAGGACCUCAAGGGCAAUUGGGUUCAUUGCGAAAGCAAGGGGUUGGAAUUAGCUCUAUUGUACAACAGAACCAGGAAUUUAGCAUACAAAAUGAAGAUUUUCCGGCUUUGCCUGGAUAUAAAGGCAAUAACUCAAAUUUUUCUAUGGAUUUGCAGCAGAAGGAACAAGUUCAUGAUAACAUGUCAAUGAUCCAGUCACAGCAUUUACCUAUGGCUAGAUCCCCUGCUUUUAACUUAGGAGGCACCUACCCACCUAACUGUCAGCAACAACAGCAGAAUGCUUCUUCAGUCCAUAAUAGUGGAGUCUUUGCAUCUGGAAGUAACAAAGACCUACUCCAUAUGCAUGGCUCUGAUCUGUUUCCGUCCUCUCAUGGAACCUAUCACUCUCAGGUUCAGAACAUGGGGCCUCCUAGCAUUGGAUUGAGAGCUCUGAAUUCUCCCAAUCCUGCUUCUAGUUUUGGAACUUAUGAGCAACUUAUUCAGCAAUAUCAACAACCACAGAAUCAAUCUCCAUUUCACUUGCAACAGAUGUCUGCUGUUUCUCAGUUAUAUGGAGAUCAGAAUUUGAAGUCCAUGCAGGGAACACAAACUCCUGAUCGGUUUGGCUUGCUGGGUUUGUUAAGUGUAAUAAGGAUGAAUGAUCCAGAUCUGACAUCCCUUGCCUUAGGAGUUGACCUUACGAGAUUAGGAUUGAAUUUGAACUCUUCAGAUAAUCUUCAUAAGACAUUUGGUUCUCCAUGGUCUGAUGAACUUGGCAAAGGAGAGCCUGACUAUUGCAUUCCUACUUGCUAUUAUGCCAAACAACCACCAACACUACAUCAAGGGCAUUUUUCGAAGUUUCAGAGAGAGACACUAUUUUACAUCUUUUACAGCAUGCCAAAAGAUGAAGCUCAAUUGUAUGCUGCCAAUGAACUAUAUUCUCGAGGAUGGUUUUACCACAGAGAACUCCGGUUGUGGCUUGCAAGAAUUCCACAUGUGGAGCCACUUGUCAAGACUCAGACUUAUGAAAGGGGAUCCUACAUUUGUUUUGAUCCAAACAUGUGGGAAAUAAUCCAUAAGGACAAUUUUGUUCUCCAAUACGAGGCAAUUGAGAAACCAACACUUCCUUCUAGUCACGCUUAACAUUAGUAAAUGCUCAACAUAUACCUCACACCACCAGUUUCUGAUUUUCCUGGACUUGGAAUGGCAAGCCUUGCACCUUCCAUGACAUUGUGCCUGUUCAUCAAAGGUUUGUUAUUUUUGUUUUCACCUUUUUCUUGUCAGGAAAAAUGCAUCUAUUCAAUGAGAAUCUUUUUCCCUUCCCCCACAGCUUAGUUCUUGUUUGGGGCCAAUGUCAACUAAUUUGCUUCUCCAUCUUGAUCUCUUUUUUCCCCCCUUAGUUGAGUUGAUUUUCUGUAUUGAUUUCUUUUUCUGUAAACAUGAGUGCCCUUUUUUGUGUAGAUGUUUACUGAAAUCAUGAUCAGGAAGUUGCAGGGUGUAAAGCCGACUUCACACCCACUAUAAAGUUUAAUGACCCAAGUUUCAAAAUAAAAAUUUAAAGCAUAGGUUUUGAUCUAAAACAUCUAAAAUCAUGUUUUUUGGAAACCUUUUUGCCUAUGCAUCAAGUCCUCCCAAAUGUAAGUCAUAAUGACGUGAUAUGGUGUGACUUGAUGCAGAGGAUAGGAAUCUCCAUGAUAUGUUAUUUCAAGUCUAUUAGAUAGUGUCUGUUGGUUUAGAUUUUUAAAAUUUCCAAUCACUAACUCUUCAGUGGGUGGAAAGUUUUGUUGACACCCAGCAUGUAUUAUAAAUGCACUUGUAUGCACAUAUACACGCUUACCCAUAUAACAUAUACAUAUUAAACAUCCUUUUCCUCAAAAAGGUAAAUAUAUUAAACAUCCUUUCUCAAAGUCUGAGGCACAAGUUUAUUUUCAUGGAAAAUUUGGCUGAUUGAUGUAUGUAGCAACCUCUGAAGCUUCUAUGCGAACAUCUGGCCAAUGCAGUCCUUGUUCAUUGUUGUCUAUUUCCCAAGUUGUAAUUUCUUCAUCUAUUCCUAGCCAAUGUUUUCCCAAAUAUUUCAGAGGCACUUCUCUAAAAUGGCUGUCCUUUCUAUUUUUUGUGCAUAACAAAUGCUGGUUUCCAUAUUAGAUGCGAAAAACAGAAAGGAUUUCAACGUUGUAGAAUGGAACUUUUAUAUAGUUGAAUUGUUGCAUAAGUUACAAAUGUGAAAAGAAGAUUUGAUUGACUUC